UAUCAUUGAGAAGUUUAUGCUCCCCUCUUUUCAUCUCCCUUAUCUUCAUUGUGUGGCCAUCACUAUAAGGUAGGCAAUGGUUCUCAACAUGGAUGCUUUCUUUGUUUAGUCAGAGAUACUAUUCACUUUGUUUUCCCUAAUAAGCUAGAGUGCAUAAAGCAUGAUUCAGUGUUCCUAUGGAGUUUUUAUUAUUAUUUAGAAGCAUUUAUCCAAACUAGAGAAAAGUACUAAAUGUGGCCUAUGAAUGGCUUUCUGUGUGAUAGAGAAUUCUAUCCAGAACUUUAACAUGGAGUUGAUACAACGGGAAAAAGAUAAAGGGAAAAUAAAGAGAAGCUCUUAGAAAGUAGAAAAGUUAGCAGUGGUAAAGGAAUCUUGUUCCUCCCUUGAUUUCAAGGCAAGCAAACACGAUUUGAUGCUCUGCUUGAAUACUAAAUACCCUCUGCUAACUGCACUUAGAUUAGGUGGCACAUGUUUAGCCUACUUACGAAGCCUUCAUUUAAGCAACACUAUGAAUUGCUGGAUCUAAUCUUACAGUGAAAUCUACUGUUACUGGGCUGUAGCUUGCUGGUGAAUGGACAAAUUGAACAGUGAUGAUUUAAAUAGAGUUUGUGAUCAGCUACAUGUAUAGGCAGCACAUAUUCUUCAUUUGUCUCGUUGUUAAGUUUCGGCUUGGCCCCUGUCUGGAUACUCUUAUUGGUCCCACUCAUUACCUCUCAGAACAAGGAAGGAAUCCACCAAGUUUGGAGAAUCUUGAAAAAACUAAAGCUGAUAUGUUAUUAUUUUUGCCACAUGCAUACUUCAGAAUCAAGUUUUGACAGGUGCUACUGCUAUAUAAACAUACUCAUCAGGUUUUCUAACCCCCAACUCAUCUUCCUUUGUUGUAGAGAGAAAUGGGCAGCACUGGCAAGAGCGGCAGCAACUCCUUGUGCGAGAAGUCGAUGAAGGUAGUGAUGAAUAUCAUGAGGCUGUCUUCGCUCUCUAUUGCUAAGAUGUCUCUUGGAACGACAACUAGCUCUCCAGUCGUCAACCGGAACCUUGCACCCAUCACAGAAUCCGUGAUGGGUACCAAGGAACCGUUGCUGCCUCCUCAGACACCAGCAGGGAGCCGAAGGUCACAGGAACCAUGGUCAAAGCCGAACUCGUAUCUCAUGGAGCCAGCAGGCCGAGAGAAGGGUGCUGUUGGCACUACUGCUUCAUUCGUGGUUCACGAAGAGGGCAAGGGCAGCGUUAUAGAUGGGAGAGCUUCCGACUACAUAAGGAAGGUGCACGAGAAGAACCGAAAUGACGCGUCGAAACUCACUCCAUUGAUUCUGCCUCCUCCCCCAUCAACAACUAUAAGGUCGUGAGAAGUGGAUUCUGGGUGAUAUGCGUGUUUCAGGUUUCUAGCCUUCUCGUUUGCAGCAGCUACCUAUAUAUAAGAAGAACAGUAGAAGGGUUAUUUUCAGGUUUCAGUACUCCGAGUACGAGAUAUGGACUUAUUUCGAUUUUCUGGUUUAUCAUUAUGCUUUCUUUUCUAUAUGCAUAUUUAACAUAUGGGAAAGAGAGGCCAAUCUGAAACAUCAAUCUCAAGUCUCAAUCACAAAUGAUAUGAUAAGAAGGGAUGGACAUCCCAUUAUUGAUCCUUUAUCCUUUUAUCUCAUUACACGUUCCAAAGGUCAAUGCUAUAGCUCAUCAAAUUUUGCAGGAUAUGGCUGUGCUGCAGAUUGCAGUUGCAGCAUCUCAAAAAAAUGACAAAGCGGGCUUUCAAUUAUCUCUCAUCAUUCACCAUGAGGUUUUGGAGUCUGGAUUUUCAGAAGGCUUGUAGGAAAGAAUAAAGAUAUAGUAAUGUGAUUUUAGGCUCUAAAAUGAACUCUAAUUAUGCAAUAGAAUAAAAAAAAACUUCAAUAUGUUGACAGUGGGAUUUGAACCCACGCCCUUUCGGACCAGAACCUUAAUCUGGCGCCUUAGACCAACUCGGCCAUAUCAACAUUAAUGUUACAAUACUUGAUCUCCAUUAUAUUUACCGUUUUCAUAUAUUGUUAAACAUAAUUAUUUGAUUGAUGAACCACUGUUGUCCAUGCUGAGAUGGAUUGAGGAGGGGUUAGUAUAACAUGUGAAAGGAAAAAAUCAUCCAAAUUCUAAAAUUUGUGUCACAUAGAAAGAUACUUGGAACAAACAAAAAGCUCGAUUUGACGAAUGAGAGAAGGAUGCAAUGCACACAUGGCAGAAAAAAGGUUCAUUCAUGAGGGAGAGGAAGCGAGAAGGUCAGAUCCUGGGCAUAGUGAUAGAAUGAGAUGAUAGAAGUGAUCCCCUUCUCAUUAGGGCUGGCUAUUUGGUCCCGGACUGUUUGGUUUUACCCAAAACCGAACCGUAUAAUCUGGACCCGGACCGGAUAGCAAACAAAGCAAUUUCAUAUUCGGGCUUAGAUUUGAGAUAAAAAAACCGGAUAAGAGACCCCCAACACCUAAAAUCAAGAUAAAAUUGGGACCGGACCGGGUCAAGACCGGACUGUAUCCAAUCCAAUCUUUGGUCCUUCUAUUCCCGAAAAGACCGGACUGGGACCGAAUCAAUUUGGUCCUAUUUAACCGGACCGGACCGUAUAGUCACCCCUACUUCUAAUUCAAUCAAACUACUUACUCAUUUUUUAAUUUAUGAAGCGUUUUCCCUUUUUCAUAAAAAAAGAAUGUUUUUUUUUCUUUUGCAAAAUAACAUGUAAUAGUAUAAGUUCAUACCACAUAAAUAUUACCCAAUAUGACUCGUAAUUUUUUGAAAAACGAAUUAAUAUAUUGAGCUAUUCUCUUGCUUCGAUAACGGGGUGGAUCGGGGUUGAAGAAUUAAGUUAGUUAAACAAACAGGACUUAAUUUACUUGGGCAUUGAAACAGUGAUGUCAACUUAGUCAAAAGCCAUGGCCCAGUUAGGCGGCCAUUGCAUAUGCUUUAGUUAGGAAAGAACAGCCAACAAACUAAACUAAUGCCGAUUAGUUAUUUCACCACAUCCACCAAAUUGUCAAUUUUUUCAGUUCCAAUCCCAUAUUAAAAAAAUAAUAUUGCA